GUGACGUCACGGUUUCACGAUCGCAGAUGAACAAAAGAUGGCGAGUGGGGAAGAUUUGGUGGAUUGAAUGGCCAAACCGCCUCCAAACCACCAAAUUGGCCUUUUAUUACAUCCACCGGAUGUGUCCUUGUGUGUAGGGGAUGGAAAAACACAGCUGUAGCAAUUGCCAGUGUGAUAUUUCUGGCUUCAGAAUUCGAUGUGCUGAAUGCCCAGACUUUGACCUUUGUUUACAGUGUUUUUCUUACGGGGCGGAAGUAGGAUCUCACCGAAAGGACCACCGUUAUCGAGUGGGGAGUGACAGCCCUCCCUCUGUGUUUGACAAUCCAGACCCCUGGUCUCUGGCAGAAGAAAAUAUGUUGCUGGAUGCUGUAGAACAAUAUGGAUUUGGCAACUGGGAAGAUAUUGCUAACCAUGUUGAAAGCCAGAAAGCACAAGAAUGCCAGGAACAUUAUAUCAACUUCUUUGUUCAGGGAAACAUAGGAAAAGCCACAUUCCCGACAGAAUAUGGGUUUCGAGUGUUGGACCACACCUGUCCUGAUGGUGGUCCGUUGUCUCCCAGUAUCACGGUGCCAGUGCCGCCUCUUGACUUGUCCAUACAAGAGCAACAGGAGCUGGGGUAUAUGCCUUUCAGAGACGACUUUGAGAGGGAGUUUGACAAUGAUGCUGAAACUCUAGUCAGUGGUCUAAGCAUCAAUCAUGAUGAUGAUGACCUAGAUAUAGAAAUUAAGUUAUGCCAGGUUGACAAGUAUAGGUUAAGAAUACGUGAAAGGGAGCGAAGAAAAAAAUUGGCAAGAGAUUAUGGUUUAAUAACAUCGGCAGCAUCCACCAGUUCCAAACAGUCCAAAUCACAGCAACAGAAGAAAAAGAUGUCAAAAGAUGUCAGGGAAUUCCAGGAAAAAAUGAAAUCAUUUUCCCAGUUUCAUGCGGCAGCAGAACAUGAGCAUUUCUUUGAAGAUUUACAAAAAGAAAAAGAAUUGAAAUCUCGAAUAAAAGAACUGUCAAGGUACAGACGGCAUGGUCUAACUGUUAUCAGUGAAAUAGAGGAUUUUGAAGAUGAAAAGUACAGAAGGGAAAAGAAGAAAGAAAAUCGUAAAAAGAUGGUGAGUUUCCUGUUGAGUGCCCGCUUGCUAAGACCAAAGAAGCGGCUGCUCAACUCCGACCAAACGAAACUCAACAGUCUCAAAAAAAGCAGAAGGAAAAGUAGAAAAUUAGAUAUACUCAUCGACGACGACGAAGUAAAAGAUGACGACACAGAAGAGGAGUGUAAGGAGAUGGCCUCACAGCCGGGCUACGAGAUGCUGUCCGAGAGAGAGAGAAAACUAUGCAACUCCAUAGGGAUGACACCUGCCAACUAUUCAACUAUAAAAACCUGCAUCAUCAAAGACUACCUCCAGAGGCGACAAGGAUUUCCAGUAAAAAUCCGAUAUCCAAGUGGCAUGGAUAAAACUCAUCGCCGUAAAAUCAUGAGUUUUCUCUCAGACAAUGGCUGGAUAGGUGUCACGUGAAGUUGCCCAUAGCCUGCGUGUGGCAACAGAUUCAGUGAGGGAAGAGAUUCAGAGACGCAUCAUGGGGACAACAAGCAACAAAGGAGUCAAGAAAGCUUGGAGCUGGGGUCUCCACACAUGUGGGAUGGUUCUGGGGGCCAAAAAGACGGGGAGAGGCACUUUGAGUGUCAUAUUUAUUUCCCAACGGUGUGCAAUGCCAAAUUGAUGCUUCCUAUGUAGCCACAAUGGUGUGUCUUCUCCAACAAUGUUUGUUAAGUUAAAGUUCUUGUACAAUCUGUAUCUACUAGUGCAAAACCUGUUCCAUGUAUAAAAGGUCUGACUGUAAUUUAUUCCUAGUGCAAAUCUCGUGUUUGGUUUGGCAAGUUGCAGCCAUUUGUGUGUUAGCUUCUCUGAUUAUCAUGUGUAGCUGUACAUAACUGAAAGAGAGAGAAGGGGGAUUGUCAUACAUGUUCCAUAUUCAGCAUUUGCAAGCAAGGCGAUCUCCCACGACAAGGAUACAUUAGCAGUGCAGGAUUGUGUACCACAUAUCUUUGGAACCAUCGUGGAACUUUUAUGGUAGUUCUAUCACAGCAUCUCAGGAACAUCACCUCGUGAGAGGUCAAGCUGCCCUCAUGCAGAGGUAACAUGUAGGUUAUAUCAUAAGCAAUACGCUCUGCUCAUUAUGUGAUCAUUGAAAUCAUUUUAAUAAUCAGCUCACUUGUUUCAUGGAUGUUGAACUGUUUUUCAUUCAUACAACUUUCACAACUUUUGGUUUAGUUGCUGGUCUUAGCGGUUAUUGUAUACAGCAUAUAGGAUUGGUCAUUCAGAUCUUGGCCAUCCAUAAUUGGUGUGAGACUAUAUUUAGCUAAAUAUCCUUAUGACAAUGGUAGUGCUUGAAAGAAACGGCAAAAACACCUUUACUCUGAGACUUUGACUGUUGAAUAUAAAUUUCAUAUCAUUGAUCUGGAAAGAUGGAUGACUUCGCCAACAAGAAUUGUCAAGUUGGCAUGCUAUUGGUGAUUUUACAUACAGUCUAUCGAGUUAGAUUGACCAUGUCUGAUUUUGGUGGCCCAUGAUGUACCUAUAUCAUGGAUGACCAUGUUUUACCAGUAUUUAUUGUGUAAGUGAGCCCAUUUUAAUUGCUAAAAUUGUCCUUGACCUUGUUUCCUGCCCCUAGUCCCCAAAUAGGUUGGUAUUGAGGGUCCCUCACUUUACUGAGGUUUUAAACUUCUAAGAUAUCACUAACAACUUCGAGAAAUAAUCAGGUGUUUAAGUAAUGUUUUACACACGACAUACAAGAGUAAUGAUCAGCCGGUUUAGUUUAUAUUUUGACUUGAACUGGCUUCUGAAUAAUACCUUCAAGGCCAUGCAUUGGUUCCUGAGCGACAACUUUAACCAAUGUUGACUUGAUGUGAACCAAAUGCAAAUCCAGAUAGAACAAUUUAUGUUGCCAUCUAAACUGUUCAGUAUAUAUGAGGGAAGAGGUCCGACUUCCAUAGUUAUGGGGCUGGUGGGAUGGCAUAGUGGUUUAAGGGUUUGCUCAUCAUGCUGAGGACCGGGGUUCGAUUCCCCAUAUUGGUACAGUGUCUGAAACCCCUUUCUAGUGUCCCCUGCCUGAUGUUGCUGGAAUAUUGCUAAAAGAGGCGUAAAACCAUACUCACUCACUUCCAUUGUUAUAAGGCUUUAGGUGUUGAUUAUGGAUUGCAAUCCGAAGACAGGGCAGUUGAAAUGGAAAAGAUUUCUUGUUUUCUGUUCUUGUAUUAUUUCAUACUGAGUAGGACCUCACAUUGAUUAACAGUUUUGUUAGAACUAACUUAGUUUUUAGCUCACUGCACUCGUCACAGCAAGAUGACUAUAUAAAGUGUUGCACUUACUGACUGAAAGCAAAACAUUGUCUGCAUAGUAAUAGUCUAAAGAAAGUCUUCAGUAAAACAGUAAUGAAAACUUAGAAGUUAAUGUGUUGUGGUAUUUGUUUACUUUGUCCUACUCUCUUCUAUUUAUGAGAUGCAUAAUGUUAUUGAGAGACGGUGGAGAGAGCCAGCAGUUGUACAUUCAGCUGGAUGUAUGGCUAGGAGUUGUGUGUGGAGCUAAAUGCUGUCUAUUUGUUCCUGGUUAUUGUGUAUCUGUGCGUGACGUACAAUGUGUUGCUGUAGCCACUGCUUCUCUCUAGUCCGUGUUAGUGUAGAGGAUAACGAAUCUCUCCGUUGCCAGGAUUCAGGAGCCGCUACGCCCCCAGUUUUUCACUACAGCGCCACCUGGAUUACCUGUCUUGUUGCUACUGGACAGUAUUCACAUGCCGUUUUCACAGAUAACACUGCGAGAACUGUGACGUAGCAGAACUGCUGUAAAUUCAUUCUUCCCCUGCCUUCAUUGUUAAAUGCUCUCGUUACCUCAGUAAUUUAUAUGACAAUAGUUCAAACACCAGCUGCAUAAACAGCAGCUAGGAAAUCAAAUCAUAUUUGAGUAGGUUUCUAUUUCUUAAGUAAAAACUACUACCAUUUGAAUUAUUCGUCACUGAAGAUUUAGUAGUGUAUACUAAUCUUAAAGGCGUUCUUUGAUUAAGAGGUGUAUAUGGGCGAUAUAUUCCUCUUUAUUUGUUCAUGAAUCUGAAACAGUUUUAAAGAAACAAUUCGAAGAAAAUUUUAGAUUAAAUGUUAUGGCUCAUGCCUAUUAUUUAGAUUAGAUUUUAUUCAGAUUCAAGAUUUUUUAAUCAAAAUAUCAUUGUGCAUUAAAAGUGUCUCCCUGCUUCCAUCUGAUGUCAUGUGACAUGUUUCCGUGCUUGUAUGACACACCAGUGUGGGUGACCUUGGCAUUGGUGUGAUGCCUCUUAGCAGAAGACGCAGAAAUUGAUGUGUGUGACGAACCCAGCUGUACGUGUAGCAGGUGUGUCAGCUGAAUGAAUGUCGUAUGAGAUGUAUCAGAGUGUGAUAGCACCACCCCACUAUCCACUGUCUGUCGGUCUGUGUGUACGUACAUACCAUAUAUACAUUCAGUAUGAUGUACAAUGUAUGUCAUCUGGUAUUACCCUCCUGCUCUACACCCACUGUAUACAAGUGCGAUGAGGGGAAUAAAUUCUUUAAUCUUA